AUGACCUGGUGCAGCGGCGUCUGCAAGUGGAUUUGUGAUCCCUUCGGUCCUGCAUCAGGCAGCAGCUCUACUGGCUUGGCCGGGCUUGCGGAGGCAUGCGUCACAAGUCAUGUGCCUGCUCUGGAGGCCGCGCAGCCGGUUGCGCUCGCACCGGAGCCCGACAGCCGGGGUAAGUUCCAGCGAAGGCUGUCCGCAGUGUCGGUGCCCACAGCAGCUCCAACGGAUUCAGAAGAGGAUCUCGAGUUCAUCCAAGUCGAGGCCGAGUGCGGACAGGACGGAUUUGGGCAGGGGGAGGUGUCAGCAAGUCCGCCCGGCGAUUCCGACGCCGGCGUGGAGGUUCAAUCUCCGGCUCUCUCCCUCGAGAUGCUGUUUGCGCUUCCGGACGUGCUCUCCAGACACCUCGCAGCUUGUGACAGUGCUUCACUACGUGCUGUUUGCCGAGACUUUCGUGAAAAAAUGCCUCAAGAGGUGUUCCUGGAGUAUUUCAUGAACUUGAUGCAGCUCUCCAAGCCUGGCAUCUUCGUGGUCACUGGAAGCUGGUGCAAGGCCAUCACCACCAGCGAUGGCGACGAGCUGCAGGCAUGCGACACAGGACUGUGGUGUUUCUUCAAGGGCAUCAACGCUUGGCAUAGAACCUGGCCCGACGCCCUGUUGGUAGCGGCACGGGAGCUACGCGAACACUGCCUCCACCCUGAAGAGAGUAUCUCAAAGAACGCUCAGUGGACAAUGGCAGUUUGGGCUGGACACUGUUUUCAAUCAGCAAAAAGUAAAGGCAUUCGACAUUUCUUUGUCAAGGACAUGUUGUACUGGUUGCGACACGCGGAUGAUGAUGUCCGCGUCGAAAUCUGUCGGGCUUUUGGCAAAUGCGUGCCCGUACUGUUGGGGAGGUUCAACGUAGCCUGUGUACAAGCGCUUGCAGAAGCAUGUGGGGCCAACAGCAGUGAAGCUUGUCGGAGCAGUGCAUUGCAGGCAUUGAAGUUGUUUGCUGAGACGGACACAGCGUUGUACCAGAAGAUCCGCGCAUCCCUUCUUUCGGCAUACCGGACUCGAAGAGGCUUGUACCGUUCAGACAUCUCUGGGCUGAUCGCUCAUAUGGAUGUGGAGAACGGGUUUCGAGCAGUACAGGAGCUUUGGCAUGCUUCAGUGGACGUCGUGAGCAACUCCAUUGCCCUAACUGUAUCGAGUCUUUCCAACUUCCAGCAGCUCGUUAACGAUCCUUUCCGGACAUGCGCAAUGGCGGAGGUUGUUGAGACCACAGAUCUGCAGGUUUGCUAA